GAGCAACCCGGAUGCGUCACGUGAGGCGGACACAGGCUUCUCGUAGUAUAUGGCUGCAAAAUCUGAAGUGGAGAUGUUUGCGAAUGAGUUACCCGCGCUAGGCUUUGAAAAUAUAAGUGAUCGGUUGAAGCUGCUGCCACCAGAUCUAUUUGCUGAGCUGUGUCAGCAAAGUGUCGUGUAUUUAAAGUGUCAGAGCGAUGGCGUCGAUCCGACAGCUGUUUGUCAGAGAUUUCAAGCUGCUGGAGUGACAUUAACUGUGGAGGACCUCAGAAAAAUUGUCAAUGCCCUUACUUCUCUUUUCAGUGCAGCUGCUAAACACAAACUAUCUUGCGAGGAACUUCUAACCACGGUAGCGAGAGGCAACAAGCUGCCAAAGCCCAUCCUGCAGGUAAUACGACAUGUAUGGAACGAGGAGGGCAAACACUUGUCUGAACUCGGAGGGAUAAGAGACCUAGUACCGGUUGGACAGCUUGUAGAUGUGCAAUGGAAGAUUGGAAUGGCAGUGAGCAGUGACACCUGCCGGUCCCUAAAUCAUCCGUAUGUGACACUGGUACUGAAAGUGGCUGAUUAUUCCGGCUACAUCACAAGCAAAGUCCUUGAGCUGACCAUUCCUGAGUUUCAGAACUUCUUCAAGCAAUUCAAAGAGAUGGCAGCUGCCCUUGAAACUGUUUGAACUGGAUACUAGUCUACCAUACAUAAUCUGCCUAUAAAAUAUAUAUAUGUGUGUAUGUGUGUAAAAUUUUAUAAACUUUUUUUUUUUUUUAUUUUCUAGAUGGGGAAAAACCAAUAAAAUUUAUAAUAUCUUUA